UGCAGGGGCACGACCCCUGGGAACCGGCGAGCGCCUUGCCCGGGCUGCGCGCUCCUUGGCUCGGCCUUCUUCGCCUGCCGCCGCCUCAGCCGCGCCACUUUCGUCCUGCGAGAGGCUCUCCCAUGUCCCGCCAUGCGGCGGGCGCUGCUCUCCCGGCUGUGCGCGGCGGCGCUGGCGGUGGCCGCUUGCGCGUCGCUCUGCUCAGGUCUAAUAUGCAUCUGCCACUUGUGUGAGAGAACAAAUUUCACUUGUGAAACGGAGGGAGCAUGUUGGGCUUCUGUCAUGCUAACAAAUGGCAGACAAGAGGUGGUGAAGUCUUGCCUUUCCGUUGGGGAACUGAAGGCAGAAGUCUUCUGCCACGGUUCAAGGAGCAUCACUAGGAAAUGCUGCUACACAGACUUCUGCAACAACAACACUAUCCACCUCCCCGCAGGUCAAGGCUCUCCAAGCAAACCCAAGCUGACACCAGUGGAGUUGACAGUGAUUAUAAUCAUACCAGUAUGUGUCUUGUCUGUAGUGGUCCUGCUGACACUGUAUACAUGUCAGGGCCACCACUGCAGAUUCAGGAAGAAAAAGAAGCUAAACAUUGAAGAACCGCUGUCAGAAUGCAGUCUUGUGAACCCUGGGAAAACUCUCAAAGAUCUUAUUUUUGAUAUGACAACAUCAGGUUCUGGAUCUGGUUUACCUCUUCUCGUCCAAAGAACUAUUGCAAGGACUAUCGUUCUUCAGGAAAUAGUGGGAAAAGGUCGAUUUGGUGAAGUCUGGCGUGGAAAAUGGUGUGGAGAAGAUGUAGCUGUCAAGAUCUUUUCCUCGAGGGAUGAAAGGUCUUGGUUUCGUGAGGCAGAAAUCUAUCAGACAAUUAUGCUGAGGCAUGAAAAUAUCCUGGGUUUUAUUGCUGCUGAUAACAAGGAUAAUGGAACUUGGACUCAGCUGUGGCUUGUAUCUGAAUACUAUGAACAAGGUUCUUUGUUUGACUAUUUAAAUAGCAACACAGUGACUGUUGAUGGGAUGAUUAAACUGACUUUUUCAAUUGCCAGUGGCCUAGCACACCUUCAUAUGGAGAUUGUGGGUACUCAAGGCAAGCCUGCUAUUGCACACAGAGACCUGAAAUCUAAAAACAUUUUAGUGAAAAGGAAUGAAACCUGUGCCAUUGCUGAUUUGGGACUGGCUGUGAAACACAACUCUGUAUUAAACACAAUUGACAUUCCUCAGAAUCCUCGAGUGGGAACGAAGAGAUACAUGGCUCCAGAAAUACUUGAUGAUGCUAUGAACAUCAAUAUCUUUGAGUCCUUCAAGCGUGCAGAUAUCUACGCUCUUGGUCUAGUGUACUGGGAGAUAUCGCGAAGAUGCUCAGUUGGAGGAAUUGUUGAGGAAUAUCAGUUGCCUUAUCAUGAUGUCGUCCCUUCUGACCCCUCCAUAGAAGAUAUGAAAAAAGUAGUCUGUGAACAAAAGCUUAGACCAAAUAUCCCAAAUCAGUGGCAAAGCUGUGAGGCUCUCAGAGUAAUGGGCCGGAUAAUGCGGGAAUGUUGGUAUGCCAACGGGGCAGCUCGCCUGACGGCACUUCGCAUUAAGAAGACCAUUUCUCAGCUCUGUGUACAAAAAGAUUCUAAAGCUUAAGUUUGCACGCCGCUCAAGGAAGAAGGAAAUGAAUCAUUUUGUAUGUUGUUUUUGCAUUGUUUUGCCUUUGCUCUACCUCACUGAUGCAGAGUUUUUAGUACAUUAUAUAUAGAUACCCAAAUCAAAGUUCGGGAAAAUAACUUCACCGGAUGUUCAGAGCCAGAGUUAAUUUUAGGUUGGGGUGUGAUGGUGCCACCUGCCUUGGCUUGUAAAUGAAAAGUGAACUACAGAUGUGCCCCACUGUGGUGACGUGACUUUCUUGCAACAUAAACUUCUCAACCUCAGCAACCCACCAGCAAACCUGGGAACUGAUUGUUGUGGAGGAAAUCAAGUCACUGCAAUGGAGCACUUUCGGCGGUUGGUUCCCGAGAGACACAUUUCACCGUGUUUGAAAUUGCAGCGACUCCGGAGCCAACUGGUGAACCAUCACAGUCACAUGAUACUUGCAUGUUCCCCUCUUUUCCCAUGUGUGCUGUGCCUGCCUCAGAUCAGGAUUGUGAUGCGGGGCAGAAGUAAGUCCAGGCUCUCCCAUGCCCCAUACUCUGUUACUCUGAACAGAAAGGACCCAGGGAAAGAACUAUUUCCUCCUUUGUGGAAGGACUGGACAUUUGUGCUCCUGCAAUGACGUAAAAUACCUCCUCUUUGGAACAUUCUGGUUGGGAUAAUAGCAUAUGGAGGGCAGGGAUCUGGACCUCUUUAUGUACCAUGCCAUGGUCCUGAUCCACAGCAGAAACAGCAUGCACAGGAAGAGAAAUGAACAAGCAAGUAACGCAUUCAUAUGGCACUCUGGAGUUUACAGGUUGGGUCUGGGGUCCCCACCCUGUGAACUUAAUGUUCUCAAAAUCAUCCCUUAAGGGGUGUUUACUCAUAGUAAACAAUUGAAGAUAAUGGGAGUUCAGUACUAUUGGUUGUUGUGGGUUUUCCGGGCUGUAUUGCCGUGGUCUUGGCAUUGUAGUUCCUGACGUUUCGCCAGCAGCUGUGGCUGGCAUCUUCAGAGGUAUUGCACCAAAAGACAGACACGGUGACACUGAGAGAUCUCUGUCUU